UUCAUUUAAAUUAUUUACGUGUAGUGGGCGCGACUGUCUUGAUUUGCGUGAAUAAAACCAUACCACUUCCAGUCAAGGCGAGUAGCAAGCUAAGGAGGUCGACAGGACCAAGGAACUAACUCUUCAAGAAGUGCAGACAUAAUCCGGUAGGGGGCACUGUACACCAUGGCGAUCCUGAAGAACAGCUGCUGCGGUUGCUGUAAGGUCCGCGAGGGGUCUAUUGUCGUUGGGGCCCUGUUUUUGCUCCUCCAUCUGAUUGACUUGGGGAUGAAGGCGAGCAGCAUUGUCAACGCCUCCGCCACUGGUCAACCAGUUGCAGGUACGGACGCCGCCAGUGUUGCCAUCGACGUGGUGGCCAUCAUCAUAGAUUGUCUGAUGAUCUAUGGCGUCGUCAAGGCCAUCAACGUGUUGCUGAUUGUGUGGGUUGUGUUUGUCAUCAUCAUUCUGGUGGCGGAAUUCAUCAUCGUCGUCGUCGUCACAAUCAUCACGUUUGCAGCUCUUCGAGCGUCGGUCCAAUCAGAAUACGAGGGGUCUGUUUUUGGAAUCGCCAUCUUGAUCCUGAUCCCAGUCUGGAUCAUCUACAUCCUCGUCCUCCUGUUGGUGAUCUAUGGUAUCCUUGUGGUGUACUCUCACUACCAGAACCUUCGUGACGGCAUCGUUGAUGACGGUACAGCACCGCCCCCUGGCGCCUACCCGCCAGGUACUGCAGCUCCUCCGCCGGGAGGCAUGUACCCACAAGCAGCGGCCCCUCCCCCUGGUUAUGAGAUGCAGGGAAUUCCACCGAAAGUGUGAGGUGCUUCAAGACCACAUACGACGACCUUUGACGAAUGUGAAUUAAGUCGCUUUUCUGUCCUUCUUUGGGACUGCUUUAGUUAGGAAUUCUUAUGUGUCCGUUUGCUUGUGUUGAUUGAAAGUAGACAUUUUAUCAUGUAACACAUAUGAGCUUUAAUGCUAAUGGCGAACUUAUCACUUUAUUUACUAAUUGGUUAUGGCCAUACUCUGCGGUAUACGCUGAGCGCUGAACAUGUUGCAAUAUCAUAUUCACUUUUUAAUGGAAGGCAUUGAAUGCUUAUAUGGGACCAUUUUGUACUGCUUAAAUCUCAACAAAUAAAGUCAUUUUUUGCGACUUUGAA